AUGCAGCCCCUCGCCCCCGCCCCAUCGCGUAAGAGCGCUCACGGCGCCAUGCCCCCUCCGCCCACCCACCUGUCGUUUCCCCCACAGCGCAAGGCCUCGAUGGCCUGUAGUGAGUGUAAGCGUCUCAAGUCCAAGUGUCGAGUGAGCGACGGGGCCACUUCCUGCGAUCGAUGCCUUAAACAAAAGCUUUCCUGUGUCUUCGAUUUAGAUGAAGAUGGGAGACGGAGACUGGCCCACAAGCGCAAGGUCGAGAAACUGGAAGAGGAGCGCGAUACAUUGUGGCAGGUCGUCCACUCACUGCGCGACAGUCCCGACGCCAAAGCAGCCCAGUUGCUGAAUCUCGUCCGAUGUAGAGCCCCCCUCAGCGAGCUCAAGCUCUAUAUAGACCAACAUGCGUCGGAGCACGAUCGACAGGAACUCGGCUUGCCUCCAAACAAGCGCGCCUCGGCCCACCGCGCGCUGGACAUCAAUCGCCUGGUGGAUAUCCCCGUCUACCGCGUGCCCGCCGCACCCUGGACUUUCGUCACCCAAUGCGACGAUUUUGUCUCCCAUUUGGUUUCCCUAUGGUUUACCUGGAGUCAUCCGUUCUAUAACUGGAUUGAUCGAGAUCUUUUCCUCCGCGAUGCCCAAACCGGCAAGCUAGAUUCGAAGUUUUGCUCUUCAUUUCUAUUCAACUGCAUUCUCGCAGAAGCCUGUUUUCAUUCCGAUUAUCCCGAGGCCUACGCGGAUCCUAGUGACCCGAACUCCAAGGGGCAGCAUUUCUACGCCGAAGCGCGGCGACAUUAUGAGAAGGUGGAGGGUCAGUUGGAUAUGCCCACCAUCCAAGGCUGCGGGGUGCUCUAUGUCUGCAUGGCAGCUAUGGGGAAAGACCGAGUCGGAUGGUGGUAUCUCGGACAAAUCAAUAGUAUGGCCCAGGAGUAUGCGAAAACACAUCCGCCGCCGGAGACCGAGACACAGGAGAGUCGCGCGGUCAACAACACCAUCUGGGGCCUCUAUAACCUCACAGCGACUGCAUCGAUCGCGUAUAUGAAGUACUUGGCGAUCGACCGUCCAAAGCGACCAUGCCUGCCAUGCGAUCACAAAGUAGGGCACACCUGGUUACCAUACCCGCGGCAGGCCGACCCGAGCCAGUCGCAUAUAUCUUGCGUCUUCAACAGUUUCUGUGAGCUGAGCAAAAUCAACGUUGACACCAAUAAAUCGAUCUUUGGGACGGGCUCGAAGCCGUCUCGGAGCGACCUCCACCGAAUUCUUCGAGAAGCACAAUCAAGGUUGGAUGACUGGAAGGCGCAAUUACCUGAGUGCUUGACUCUCGAGGCUAUCACGGUGCCACAAGGAUUUAGUUUGCACUUUUUUUAUCACACUCUCAUGAUCAUGCUCUGGGGUCUUCUCAAGGAGGAAUCUGAUGAGGACGACUCCGGGGAUAACGCCACGGCCACUACGGCGCGACGGCUUUGCGUGGACUCUGCAUUAGCCAUUGUUCGUCUUCUGCGCAUCCACCGCGCCCGCUGGGGAGUUGAUUACAUCUCACCGACCACCAUUCAUUGGGUGAGUAUGGCUCUCUUCACCCUGCUGGAACAAUUGGACAAUCCUGAGCACAAGACCUCCUUCACCGAACUCUGCGUCUUCGCUCGCGCCCUUUCUCGAAAGUGGACCUUGAUGAAGGGAAUCAUGCGCAUGCUGCAGGUCUCAGCACAGAAGAAUAGCGUCAUGCUUCCCCCCGACACUCAUGCCUUAUUUACCGAAUUUGAAGAGGAAAUGUGGGAGAGCAAAGAUCGAGAGCGAUUUCGGAGCCUGUAUCCGAACCCAAACUCCUUAUCCAAAACGGCUGGAGACCGUACUCUGCUAGAUGAUGCCGAGUUGGAUAGCUUCCUUGAGAAGUGGGACACCCUUGAGGUCGACGAAGCUGGGAGAGAGACCUCAACGGACACAAUGAAGUCAUCGCCACAGGACAGGGUUGAAGACAAAGACGAAAGUGAGGCCGAGGUCGGCACAGGAAAUGCCUAA